AUGGUGAAGGGGCAGAAGCGAAAGCACCAAGUUGAGGAGACAGAAAACGACGAAGUUAUUUCUGCUCUAAAGGAGUUGCCAAGGCAAGAGCUUGCCUUGCAGCCUUUUUCACAGGCUUUGCGCUGCCUUGAAAGCUCCCUGAAGAUUGACGAACUGCGGAGUUCGUGGAAUGCCGAGACUGUGGCGACAUCUUUGGCUGCAGCACUGGGGGAUGGCUUAUGGUGUUGGAGUUUUGAAACAACAUCAGAUGAAGUCGAUUCAGCCCACAAGGCUUUGAAGACCAUGCUGGAAGAUGGCCGGAAGCAGUUGCUUGAAGCUUUGCGAAGUGGAGAAUCCUUUUGUGCCACAGUCAAGCGCUGCACAAGCAAGAAGGAUGGCCAGGCACUAAUGAAGCUUGGAAAGACCCGAGUCAUGUGGCUUUUAGCACGUGUCAUUUCUGCUUUAGACCGACGCCGCAAUGGCUGGAUGCCGGUGAGCCGUCGCCAAACUCAAAUCGGCGAAGCCGCUCAAGCUGAUGCCAAGGUGCUGGAUGCGGUAAGAUGGCUCCAAGAAGCAGAAGCAAUCCUCAUUUGUGGGGAGCUCGAGGAGGAGGAAACAGGCCUAUUUCGCUUGCCUCCCUUCAGCACUUCAGCUGGCAGUCUAGAGUAUGGGGUUCCAGCACAAGGAUCGUGGAGCCCUCUCCGGGCUCUUUGGCGUGAGCAUGUGCAACUGGACAGUGCAAAGUUAUUCGAAAGUGAUCCAGCAUUGGCCUGGGCAUUUUGGGGGUUUUGGUCCAAACGAUACUUGGAAGGCAUGCCCUCUGCUUUCUACCAAUGCCUCGGUGGUUGGGCUCGAACUCGGCCAAGAGGCUGUUUCUGCGUGACGGGAGAGAUCUCUGGACACUGGGCUCGAUCUAUUGGAGAAGAGAGACUUUGGGAGACACGUGGCUCAGUGUCUCACUUGCAAAGAAUUGAUGGCCGUGAAAAAGUAUGGCGAGUGGGCGAAACACGAAUGUCACUGACAACAGAGAGGAUGGCGACAGGUAUCAUAUCCCAGAUGGCAGGCAUAGAAGAUGGCUUCAACGCAGCAGCUUCUGUUUUCACUUCCUUCUUGGGCACAAAGUCCGAUGCCAAGAUCAAAGCUACCCUGGAACGAAGUAGCAAUGCCGAAGGAAGUUCUCCCAAACAUCGCACAGGCCAUGCAGGCCAUGCACCACCAAUCACGGAAGGUGCCCAAGUGGAACCAAGCUUACUGGGAGUGUCAAAGCCGCGCCUCGAACCGGUGAAAUCACUUGAUAUUGAGCUGCCUCCAUCAUGGACUCUGCAAGCUGGUGAGGUGGUGGAAGUGAGAACUCGAGAUCCAGAGGAGAACACUUGUACAUACAAGUGGACAGCUUGGCAUCCAGCUGUCGUUGGUGAUGAUAGUUUCAGCGUCUUCUCCUUUGACGGUGAGCCCUUACGAGCACAUGCUGUUCGCAGACCGAAAGGACAAGAUCUUCUCCGUGUCAAGCAGACCACGUCGCUUCCACGGGAUCCUGAAGAUUCUUCGUCUUUGGCCCGUCCCAAUGUCAAAAUGCAUGGGGAUACCUGUUUUGCAGCUUGCCGGUGCGACAGGCAAGAGAAGGCUUUCUAUCAGUGGCUUGAAAGCUUGCCGUCAAGCUGCCAAUUGGUUCUCUUGCAGGUUGGAGCCAGCAACAACGAAGAAACAAUGCGGGUACAACGAGCUGCUCAAGGUUUUGCUCAGAGCAAACUGAUUCGAAUCGGCAGGGCACGGCCACCGAAGCAUUGGGCUGGCCGGUGUGCUCAUAUUUUUCAUGACACUGCUGCUGGGGUGCAGCAAUUGGUUGAGGCUCUUGGCGAAGCGCCAGAGGAAGUGCAGGUUUCGGAAGGACCACAACUGCCCGAGCAAAACCGAAGGGCAUCUGGGGCACCUGUGGUUUAUCAACUGCCAGAUGAAAGCGCACCAAGCUCCAAGAGCAGCGUGAGAGAGGAAACGAACAAGUCGAAACAGACACAAAGAGACUCUGACAAUUUGAUUCAUUGGGAUGAGCUCGAUGCAAUCGAGAUCGAAGAAACUUAUGUGCUUGGGCAAUUUGUUGACUUUGCGGCUGGCAUCUUUGCGGAGUCACAGGACCAGGAAGAUUCGGGGCAGGAAGAUUAA